AUGACAACGCUGAACUCCAGCCUGGACCGUCGACUGCGCCAGGCGCUCUGCGACCACCCGCGGCAGCACGACUAUCGCUACGGUGCAAAUGCAAGAAAUAGCCUUCUAGAGAUCCUCUUUCGGGCCCUGACCAAUGACCGAGCAGAAUACUUGGACGACCUCUUUCCGCAGGGCUUCCCGCCUUCAUACAGGCUUCAAGACGCACAGGGGGUACAAGAGAAUGCUGAAUAUAGUGCAGCUGCUAGAGGACAUCCAUGCGGACAUAUAUUCAAGCCGGGAGAGGCUAGCUAUCACUGUAGCACCUGCACCGACGACAACACCGCCGUCCUAUGUUCUCGCUGUUUCGUUGCAAGCGACCAUGAGGGGCAUCAGUAUAGCGUGAACGUCAGUGCUGGAAAUAGCGGAUGUUGCGAUUGCGGCGAUGACGAAGCGUGGAAGAGACCUGUUAAAUGUGCCAUUCAUACGGCAGGUGACGAUUGGCAAACAACCGACGAGCAUGUCUCUCCCUUGCCUGCAGAUCUGCAAGAGUCUAUUCGCACUACUGUCGCCACGGCUCUGGAUUACUUCUGUGAUAUCAUAUCUUCUUCCCCGGAGAACCUGCGUCUGCCCAAGACGGUAGAGUCGGUGACUCAAGACGAGAUCAAAAGUCGGCUCUCUGCAGAAAACUAUGUGUCGGGAGACGAACUGGAAACCAAUCCUGACUACUGCUUGAUCAUCUGGAAUGACGAGAAGCACACAGUGCGCGAGGUACAGUCGCAAGUUGCGCGAGCGUGUCGUCAGCGAGAGUCGUUCGGCUUGGCCAAAGCAGAAGAAGCCAACGAUGUCGGCAGAAGUGUGGUCAAACACUCUCGUGAUCUCAAAGAGCUCACCCGAAUGGCAAAGAUCAUCGAAGAAAUCAAAGUUACAGUCACGAUCAGGUCAUCUAGGGAUACUUUUCGGGAACAGAUGUGUGGAACAAUCAUCGAAUGGCUUGCUGAUAUCGCUGGUUCCAGCAUUGCAGGAGAUGGUCAUAUUUUACGGCGUGUUAUUUGCGAAGAGAUGCUCCAGAUCUGGAAGGUCGGAAGUAAGGCUUGGAACGCCAAAGUGGGAAGAGAAGAACUAGACGAUCAUGGCGACGAGGAUGAUCGCGAAUACAGAAGGAGAACAAGGUUCCGCUACUUCGACCCCCUCCAAUUCGCAAUACAACGAGCAAUGGCAGGGGAAAUUCUGGAUGAAGAUGAUGCUAAGGAGGACGAUGAAGACGACAACGAACUGAUCGAUGUGGAUGAGCGGGAAAUGAACGAUCUCAUCCUCACCGCGACAGUUUUCGACGGGUCGCAUCGCUUGGAUCUCCUGGCCGAACAAGCAGGCGACGCCGAUGUCACGGAUGACGCAGACGAGAUGGACACCGACGGUGACGGGGAUUUCUUGGAUAUUGCAGAGCGAAUGGAUAUGGACGGACCAUCACCUCCACCCCCAGCGCUUCCUACUCAAGAUAUAGGAGAUCCUGGAAACAACGUGGCAAUGGGUGAGGAUGCGUCCCCGACUAACCCAGGUAGCAAUACCAACUACCUCAAUAUACCAAGGACACCCGGUGUCCCUGCGCGCAGAACACGCCACCGACCCACGCCACCAAAUCACUGGAAGCUAGCCCCGUCAAGUCAACCUCCUCAGAACGCGACCAUCCCUGUCUACGAAGACCUUACGAAGAACAUCCGGGUGGACUCAAUGAUCCUCUUUGAUCUGCGCCUGUGGAAACUUGCAAGAACGAAGAUGCGGGAUCUCUUCAUCAGCACACUUGUCAACAUUCCCCAAUUCAAACGCAUCCUUGGACUAAGGUUCUCCGGCUUAUAUACAACCCUUGCUCAGCUCUAUCUCGUCGCAGAUCGCGAACCAGACCACUCUAUCAUAAACCUGUCAUUGCAGUUAUUGACCACACCCUCUAUCACGGAAGAGGUUAUCGAGCGGGGGAACUUCCUCACAAACUUGAUGGCCAUUCUUUACACCUUCCUGACUACGAGACAAGUGGGCUUUCCGAAGGACCUCGACCCGGGGGCCACCCUAGGCUUCGACGCUGGAUCUGUUGCCAACCGGAGACUCUAUCAUUUCUUCUCUGAUUUGAGAUACUUUCUUGCAUCCCCAUUCGUUCAAGCUAAGGCCCGAAGCGAGCCCCAGUAUCUGUUCCAAUUCCUUGAUUUGGCCAAAUUGUCACAGGGCAUCUGUCCUAAUGUGAGAGCAGUGGGUGAACAUGUUGAAUACGAAACGGAUGCCUGGAUCAGUGCCUCUCUAUUGACACGCGAUAUCAACAAGCUCUGUCGACAGUUUGCAGAAGCUUAUUACGUUUCCAAAGACAGCAGUCCUUCGGCUCUUCGCCCAACUUGGGACGCCAUCUCGCACGCUGCAGGUGUCGCAAUCAUAAAUUCUGUCGGACUCGAGCGUCGCCGCUUCGAGCAAGCAGAGAUCAAAGAACCUGUCCGCUUUCACGAAGUGGAUCCUUAUGGCUACAAAGUUGUCGACUUCGUGGUGGAGAAGGGCGCACUAAGUUUCCAUCAUCCGCUACACUACACGCUCUCCUGGUUGCUGGAAUGUGGGAAGGAGUUUAAACAGUCCAUAAAUACUCUACGAGAUACCGCGCAGGCGUUCUUGUCACACCUACACGAUAUCUCUCUGAGCUCCCGGGACAGUUCGAUCAAAACUGUCCUCAACUCGGCCGACGAUGCCCUUCUUGCGAUGUUCGACUACCCUCUGCGUGUUUGUGCCUGGUUGGCGCAGAUGAAGGCCAACCUUUGGGUCCGAAAUGGGAUGAGUUUGCGGCAUCAGAUGGUACAAUACAAAAGCGUCGCCCAUCGUGAUGUUGGACACCAUCGAGAUCUGUUUCUUCUGCAAACGGCACUUGUUGCCUGUGACCCCAGCAGAGUACUUGCGUCAAUGAUCGACCGUUUUGGCCUUACUGCGUGGUUACGAAAUGGAUUUGAAUCACUCGAGAUCUGCGAUGACAACCAGAUGCUGGACCUUGUGGAGGAUUGCAUUUACCUUUUGAUCAAUCUACUUUCCGAUCGAGAUGCUCUCAUUACUGACCGAGACAACCCGGAGUCCCAGCUCCUUACGCUUCGUAAAGACAUUGCCCAUACUCUCUGUUUCAAACCAUUGUCGUACUCCGACCUCUACUCUCGCCUAACAGAAAGAGCACAGGACCACGAAAAACUCCAAGAAGUCCUUGAGCAGAUGACCAAAUACCGGCCACCGGAAGGUCUGCAUGACUCUGGCUUGUUUGAACUGAAAGAAGAGUACUUGCAAGAGCUGGAUCCGUACAACUCCCAUUUCACGAAGAACCAAAGAGAUGAAGCAGAGAACAUCUACAAGAAUUGGAUGGGCAAAAAGUUACACAAACCGCCGGAAGAUAUCGUCCUGGAUCCCAAGCUGCACCCUAUUCCGUGCGAGGCAUAUGCCAGUCUCUGUGCCGUUGUAAACACUCCUCUUUUCGCAGAUUUCAUUCACAAGGCACUGGUCUACGUCGCCCAUGGUCAUAAGUCCAAGGCUGGCGUUUCGGCAACACGCGUUGAGGCAUUUCUUCAAAUUGUCCUACAACUUGCGCUUAUUGCUACAUUAGAGGACAAUUCCCCGGACGAUGCGAGCGACAGUCCUUCUUUCAUCCGCCAUGCUAUGAAGUUGGAAUUAUCUUUCAACAACUCGCCACCACCACACACCAUAAUUGCGGUGCUAUCCGAGAUAUGGCGCAUGGAAGAAUUUAGCUCCUGCCGAAGUAAGAUCAGACACAUCCUACGGCUUUUCCAUCAGAAGUUACCCCACCAAUUUACUACGUCGACACAAAACCUGGAUUUCCCAUCAGGCAGAUUCGACACAGCUUCUCCUGCCAAUGUCGAAAAUGAAAUCGAGGCUAAGAAGAAACAAGCAAUGGAGCGAAAAGCACGGGUCAUGGCUCAGUUUCAGCAGCAACAACAGAGUUUCAUGGACAAGCAAGGCAUGACCGACUGGGGAGACGAAGACUUGGAAUCCCCCGACGAAGAGUUACCCAAGUCCACCGAGAUGCGCCACUGGAAAUAUCCUGCUGGACUCUGUAUUCAGUGUCGUGAAGAUACGUCCGAUUCGAGAUUCUACGGCACGUUUGCUAUGGUCACCGACGCUCACAUCUUGCGGGAAACGGACACGCAUGAUGUAGAUUUUGUUGGUGAGCUCUUUGCGGUCCCCGACAACCUAGACCGCUCCAUCGAAAAUAUCCGGCCGUUUGGAGUCUCGGGAUCCAAUCAUGAACAGGUCAAACGUUUGACCGCAGAUGGCCAGGAGAUCACCGUGGAUUUUCAAGGCUUGGGUAAAGGUUGGCCAAAAGGCUAUACGAAGAAGGGCCCAGUCUCUACAAGCUGCGGCCAUAUCAUGCACUUCACGUGCUUCGAAAAUUACUAUCAAUCAAUUACGCGGAGACACGCACAACAGGUUGCCAGGAACCACCCUGAACGGAUAUCGUUGAAUGAGUUCGUUUGCCCCUUGUGCAAAGCGCUUGCGAACACCUUCCUGCCGAUCGUAUGGAAACACACACAACAGUCCUAUCCCGGAACUCUUGAAGUAUCACAAGAAUUCGAAUCCUUCUUGGGCAACAGUCUGCCGUCCGCUGAUGCGCCAACCGCUGCUCAGGACCCCUCGUUCGCUGCCCAUGCUUCACAAACCUACUUACAGACUCUGGCAACCUUUUCCAACAGCUCCCUGGCCCCAGCCAUCGCUCGCUGGCAAUCGGGUGAUCUCACGAUCAGUCCAACGAGCCAAGCAUGGGCCGAGCGACCAGAGCUUGCCGCCUUUGCUGAGCUUGAAAACAUCUACGGCCGGCUUCGAGAAACUCUCUUAGUUCUGGAGGUGACGACAGGGGUUCGUCGAAAGGACCCCAGUAUACAUGAAUUCCCGCUCCUGGUCGAUACACUGGCGAAUACCAUAGCCUCAGUUGAGAUUGGCCACAGGGGCCGCGAGGCUGAGUUUGGCACGUCGUUGUUGACAAGCAUGCCGCAACAGACACUCAGCCACCUACAAACCUUGUCGUCAACCUUGAAGGCCUACGCGGCUACAGGCGUCUUAACCGUCCGUGGUUCUGUUGAGGCGCAGUACAGAGAAAUUUGCGAUCGUCUUGAGCGUCAGAUAGCUGGAAUAACAACAAAUACGACGCCAUCAACCGAAGCCGAGACCGUCUCGCCCCUCCUUGCCAUCGACCCGUUCCAGUUUCUGGUUCGGGCAACGAUGGUGCUCGGCCCCAUUCGAAGCUUCGAGUUGCGCCAUGUUUUGCAAAUGGCUCUGACCCUCGAGCUUCUCCGGGUGGUUCUGGCGUUCUUAGGCCAAUCCACGGCCCUCUUGAAGGUGGGCGAGAUGCUCGCUCAAAACCAGAUCCGACACGCCAGCCUCCCCACGCCGGAAACAGAGCAGCUGCGUAGCGUGGAAGACAUUGUUUUCUGGGCAAGACAACAGUUGCAGCAAACAGACGAAGGUCGCCGUCACCUUUCCAACAGCCUGCAACAAAUGUCACCCAGCACGGCUGGGACGUUGUUCAAGUUGUGCAAGGUGUAUGCUCUUGCUUUCCUCCGAAAAUCUGCCAUCUUCUUUCAUGUCGCGCACGGCGUCGAUUUUCCCACCACGGCCGGCUCCGAGGCAAGCUUGUCAGAGCUCGAGCGUCUGUGCCACUUUUUACACUUGCCAAACAUUGAUGACAUUCUCAGAUCGUUUAGCGAAUACUCGACUUCCGGCACACUAAAAUAUCGGGCAAGCAUUUGGCUUCAGGACUACAUACGUUAUGAGGCGAAGAACCAAGGGAUGUCCACAAGCGCAAUGGAUAUCAAGUUAUUACACCCGGCACCGUUCGAAUUGAUUGGGCUUCCCAAAUACUUUGAUGUGCUAAUGGAAGAAUCGCACAAACGCAAGUGUCCUACAACUGGCAAAGAGCUGCUGGAUCCUGCCCUCUGCCUCUUUUGCGGGGAGAUAUUCUGUUCCCAAACUGUGUGCUGCCAGACGACCGGCAGGCGUGGUGGCUGCAACGCGCAUCUCGACAAGUGUUCGAGCCCGAUCGGGAUGUUCUUGUUCAUACGGAAAUGUCACGUAGCACUGCUGCACGUCACAAAGCACCCCAAGGGUGGCAAUCAGGACGAGCUCCGGCAAAUGAAUGGGCUGCCACCAAGACACCCCAUGAGUCACGGAUCCUUUUUUUCAGCACCAUAUUUGACCAAACAUGGGGAGACGGAUUCAGGAUUGAGAUCGAAACACCAACUGAUUCUCAACCAAAAGCGGUAUGAUAAGCUGCUGAGAGAUACCUGGUUGAUGAUCAAUGGCAGUGUGUGGAGCACAAUAGCUCGGAAGCUGGAAAGUGAGGUCAAUGCCGGCGGUUGGGAAACACUGUAG